AUGGCGCUCGCGUACGUCGACUGCUCUGCUGGUAUUGCGGGCGACAUGCUGCUCGGCGCGCUGAUCGAUGCCGGCGCUUCGCUGGCUGAGAUCAAGCGCGGCCUCGAGUCUUUGCACGGGAUCAAGGGCGAGUGGCAGCUCAGCACUGCGAAGGUGUGGAAAGGGCCGGGGAACAUUGCAGCGACCAAGGUACAUGUGAGCUCCAUUUAUCAGCACAAGGAGGUCGCUCCACCGUCUCCAGUUGAGGAUCUGCAACAGGGUUAUGGACGUGGGUACGCCCGUACUCAUAGCCAUGGGCACGGGGGUACACAUAGCCAUGAUCACGGGGGUACAUAUAGCCAUGGACACGAGGGUAUGCAUGACCAUGAGCACGAAGAUCUAAACGUGGACGGAGCAGGCACUGCUACAGGUGUAGAAAAUUUGCACGACCACUCUCACGACCAUGACCAUGAUCAUGCGCUCGAUGGACAUGAGCAGAGUAUUGCAGCUGCACACGAUCGUGAGCCUGUGCGCAACUUGGAUGACAUUAAGGCGCUUAUUGCAGAGAGCGACUUGUCUGACUGGGUCAAGGCCAAGAGCGUUGCGGUGUUCACGUUGUUGGCACAAGCAGAAGCUCACACUCACGGAACAGCGCUGGAGAAGAUUCACUUUCAUGAAGUGGGAGCAAUCGAUAGCAUUGUCGACACGAUAGGCUCUGUAAUCGCGCUUGAUCUCUUUGGCGUACGAGAAGUGCACGCAUCGUUCGUGCCCUUCUCCUCCGGAACGGUUAAAUGCAUGCACGGAAUCCUGCCAGUUCCACCACCAGCCACAUUCCGACUAAUGAUCGGUGUGCCUGUUUGUCCAGCUCCAAAGGGAGCAAAUGGGGAGCUCGUGACGCCGACGGGUAUAAGUCUCGUGAAGGCGCUGGCGUCUACAUUUGGCGAGCCUCCCGCUUUUAUUCCAACGCACACUGGUGUCGGAGCGGGUACGAAAGAGUUUCCAGAGCAUGCUAACAUUGUCCGCGUUGCUAUUGGAACAAAGAUCGACCCUUUGGCUCUCGAAAAAAGCUACGUCAAUCCGGCUAUUGCCACCUCAAGGUCUGCCCAGCCUGCCAUUCGGUCUUGUGAUACCGAGAAAGUCGUCGUUCUUGAGACCAAUUUGGAUGAUUUGAACCCGCAGGUGAUUGGCUAUGUUUCAGAGCGCUUGUUGUCAGAGCACCACGCGCUUGACGUAUGGAAGCAGCCUAUUCAGAUGAAAAAGAACCGUCUUGGUGUGUGUCUCAGCGUAUUGUGUCGCGCUGAACACGAACAUGAGAUUUUGGAAAUAUUAUUCCGUGAAACCUCGACACUUGGUGUUCGCCGCAAUGUGAUGGAGCGCUUCUUUUUGCCCCGCAACUUUGUGUCCGUCCUCGCUUUUGGCCGCUCUGUCGACGUCAAAGUCGCAUUUCUGGGUGGUCAGGCUGUGAAUGUGCACCCAGAAUUUGAGCACUGCAAGGCGAUCGCACUGGAACAGAAUAUCCCUUUGCUUCAAGUGAUGGACCAAGUGAAAGCCCUUGCUUUUUCCACGAUCAGAACGCAUCUACCAAGCUGA